AUGCCAGCGGCCCAGCAGGAGACCACCACAGGAGCUGCAGAUGACGUCGACCCUGGCACCGCCUGCUGCAGCACCGUAGAUGACGAAACACUGCCAGAGCUCAACCCACUGUCAGAUCACUCCUACAGUAUUCAUAACAAGAGUGAGACCGAGCUCCUCAGGAAGAUCUCUAGCCUGAAGGAUGUGAUUGGAAGCUUAGAGGAGGAAGUUAAAAAGGUACAAGCUCAAGUGAUAUCACUGAAAAGGCAGCUUGACAAGAGCCGCCAAGAACAAGUUGACUCAAUGAAGCUGUGCGACCGAGUAAAACAAAAAAACAGGUCGCUUAAGCUUGAUCUCUCGGCCACGUACAGGCGGAUGAAGGAAGCGGAAGCUAAGGGAACGACAGAGUUUCGUUACGAAGCCAUCAAACAGGACCACAAGAAACUGAGGUACUACACAGGCUUCACGUCACCUGAACGCUUAGACGUGUUUUGGUCCCUUCUGGAGCCAGAUGCUAAAAGAUUGCAGUUUUGGCAAAUGAAAGAAACUGAAAACGAGGACCGCAGAUUUAUUCUGCCUCUGAAGACUCAGCUGAUUUUAAUACUCCUUCGUCUUCGAUUGGGGCUUGACGGAGCAGACCUUGCUUUCAGGUUUGGUGUGUCGCAAAGUACGGUGUCCCGAAUUUGGGUCACUUGGCUGGACUUCCUGGACAACAGGCUUCGCCAGGUGCCAACAUGGCUGCCCCCUCACCUGUGUGAUAAAUACAGGCCACAAGCCUUUGCAGACAAAGGGUAUAACACCGUGGAUGGGAUCCUGGAUUGCACCGAGAUCUACAUAGAGACUCCAUCUUCAUUUCGAGUGCAGAGUGAAACAUACUCGACAUACAAGAAACACAAUACUGCAAAGGGAUUGAUUGUCUGUAGCCCUAACGGGUUCGUCACCUUUGUGUCGGACCUUGCACCUGGCAGGCUGUCCGACAAGGCACUUACGAAGGCUUGCGGUGUAUUGGACAAGUUCACCCCUGGACGCAGCGUCAUGGCGGACAGGGGCUUCACAAUAUCGGAGGAAUGCAAGCAGCGCUCACUCCACCUGAAUAUUCCGCCAUUUAUGGAAGGGCGACCCCAGCUCUCGGAAGAGGAUGAGCAGGAAACAAGGCACAUUGCAAGCGUCCGUAUACACGUCGAGAGAGUUAUCAGAAGGGUAAAAAAUUUCAGAAUCCUCUCGCAGAUUUUUCCAAACAGCAUGUCUGAGCAGCUCAACAAGGUGUGGCACGUUUGUGCUCUUUUGACAAACUUUGUUGAUGAGCCCUUGUUGUAG